AAAAGUUAACGAACCAAUAAUGAUAUGGUAAACGGCGGCCGCGGACCGCCCAAAGAUAGGUUUUGUUUUGUUUUUAUAUUAUAUUAAGUUUUCACCAGAAACAUAACGUUUAAAAUAAUCGGCAGUAGUGUGGCGCGCGAUCGUCGGUAGUGUUUGGCGGUGGUAGCUAAAUAAAAAAUUAAAAGGAGCAAAUGCAAAUAAUUGGACGGUAGUCAACAAUUUUAGCGGGGAAAGUAAAAUAAAAUAAAAAUCAAAUGAGUUAUUUUCGAUCGCGGUGACGGUGUGUACCUACUAAUAUUAUAUAUUAUUAUUAUAUUAUCACACUAUGUUGUUCGGUCGGACGCGGCGCGUUUUAACUAAAUGCAAAUUUUAAAAUAGUAUAAUAUAAUAAUUAGCAAAUAAAUAAACACAGUGUACUUAUUAUAUUAUUAUAUAAAAAUAUCUAUAGGCCGUCGCGGUUCUAGCAAUGCGGACGACGGUCGGCGUGUGCGUGCUACUGCAGCUGUUGGCGGCGUCCGCCUUGGUCGGCGGACGGCCGGUGGACGACAACAGCGGCGGACGGCCAGUGAUUGUGGACAACGCCGUCAUCGAGGUGGAGCCCGGCGCCACGGCCGUGCUGGAGUGUCCCAGCAACGACAAGGACCACCGGUUUCAGUUCUGGUGGCUCAAGUCCAACGAGAUCAUCGGGCCGGGCUCAGACAUGGACAGCAACAAGUUCAGAUACGAAGUGCUCACCGGCACCCUGUACAUAAAGGAAGUCACGCCCGAGGAAAGUGGCGUGUACACUUGCGUUUGUAAAAAUCUGGGAAGCAUAUCUAUGUCCGCCAGGUCGGUAAACUUGGCGAUCAAAAGAGACUGGGAAGAUGUAUGGGAAAAUGAUUACACGGUGAAUACGAUUCGAGUAGUAGCCGUGCUCAGCGUAUUAACUUUAAUACUUUUAUUAGUUUAUUUGUAUUACUUAACGUCUUACAAGACUACCAAUAGAACGUUACACUUUAGAGAAGACGACUCUGAAGAGGAUGUGACAAACGACAAACAAAUAUACAGAAAGACGACAAUAUCCAAAGAUAACAUUUUCCAAACCGGUAUAGACAAUCCUACAUUAGAAAAAGAAGCCGGACUGGCAAAAACGAUCACCGAGACAAAAGCCUAGCGAAAGCGUUAUUCGCUGAGCAUUUAACUGACAGACUAAGAUUUUAAUGAUAAUAACAAUAAUAUAUAUAAUUGAUAGUUUUAAAUCAAUUAAGUACAAUCAACAAUGUAAAAAUUAUUAAUUAGAAUUUUAAAAUUAUAAAUAUUAUAUAUAUAUAUAUACAAUAUAUUAUACGAAAAAGUA